UGGCUGUGCCAUCAUGGUGUGGGUGUGCUCUGCGUUGAAGUUCGCUGAACGGACAGAACUGUACUGGUCCUGGAUAUGAUUCCCUCUCAUUUACCACCCAUAUAUGCACCAAUCGCUGUGUCAGAGGCUGCCUAAAUGGCGCCUUCCAUCAGCAAAGAAGAAUUAAUGAGGAACUCUGACCCUUUGGUAUGGGAUUUCGAAGCGUCUAGCAGUCAUAGUGAAAACACACAAAGGACUUGUGAACGUGUGUGGACUGCCUUAACUAGUCGUCUCUGCAAUGUUUUCAUCAUUGUGCUCUCUGUGGUGACAGGACUUGCCAUUCUCCUGAAGCUGCUAACAGACAUCCAGUUUGCACAGGAUGCAGAAAUUCAGCUGAUGUUGCAAAACUGCUCACUCAAUCUGAGCGUCGGUGGUGAUAGCAGCAGCAGCAGUGGAUCCCACAGUGCCUACCUGACAGUUGCAAAACUCGAAACGUUCGUAGCUCUUCUUAGCUCAUUGUCCUUGGCUGUGCUGAGCCUCUUUCUGGCUGAGGUGUUGUUGAGGGCAGUUGCUGGAAGAGCUAGGUUUUUUAUGCAAGGACCUGAGGUGCUGGAUGCAGUCGUGGUGGUUGUCGCGUUUAGCCUGAAUGUGGCCUCCCGGGUCUCACCAGACAAAGGCAGGCAGGCUGGUGCCCUUGUCAUAUUGUUGCGAGUCUGGAGAAUACAGCGGGUUCUUGACAGCUUGGUGGACGUGGAGCGCACCCGUCUAAACUAUGUGCUGGGUGAACAAGAACGAGAGCGCACCCUGGCCCAGAACAAGGGCGAGCUGCUCAUCCUUCGAGUAGAAGACCUCGAGCAUGAAGUGGCUUACCUGAAGGAAAAGCUGAAGAAGACUGAAAAGGAGCAGGGCCGGCGGCAGCGGCGGCAACAGCGGGACUCUGGUUCUUCCUCCUCUUCAUCAGGAAUUUGCUGCAGACAUCCUGUCACCAUAGGAGUGGAGACCUGUCCAAUAAUCAGGGCCUCCAAGGAAACGCAGACUGAUGCCCCAGUUAAGCUGUGUGAAGUUAGAGUUGACCAGCACAUUAGACAAACAGGCGUGGAAGCUUUUGCUUCAAGUCUUUCUUGGGGUCUGCUUCUGGAUGCCCUCUCUGUCCGCCAUGACAGGCAGCCUGAGCGGCUGACCCUCUGUGAGCCACCAAAGGGCCCUCCCCCAGAGCUGCCGAGGCCGCAGAUUCGAGCGUGCAAUAGCUUGAAUCAGGCUGCAAGUCACACAGAAGGCAGCCCUGCCACUGUUGUGCCCCACCGUGCCAGCCACACAGUCCUCUUCAGCAGCCUGGAUCGCUUCAGCGAAGCCGAGCACACAGAGAGCCCCGAGAGUGGUUAUGGAUCUGGCUGCAGGUCGGCAACUUCCUUAGGCAGUUCUGCCACAGGCCGACCCUUGAGCAGCCGAUCGGCCAGCGUGUUUCUAUUUCCUGAUGCUGAUGGGCAGCCUACUCUUGAGAUGAGCACGUUGGAUGAGGCCCUGGAAGCAGAGCCUCAGGCACCAGUGUACUUAGAGGAUCUGGAUGAUGACAACCCAAUGACAUCACUUUGAAGGAGUGCCUACUCAUUUAGGCCAGGAGGGAGGAGCUUCUCAAUGGAUAUUCAUGCCCAAUGCCAUCUUUCAAUGGCAGGAUCCAUGUGCUGCCCCAGAGUGCUGUCAUGUCCCGCAUAAGUGUGGCGACACCCUUACCUGCACUUUCUUCCUAGCUGUCCAGUAGCUGACUAAAGGUAAGCUGGGUGGCGUGGACUUCAGUAUUCAUGGCUCGUUGCUAAACUGAUUGAAUGCCCAGGUAUUCAUGCUUUGUUGGGAUGUUCGACGUAAGCAGACUCAAGCCAUAACCACUUCAUGGUUGGCCUCCUUUUUUUUCAAAAUAUCGUAGCAAAAUAGUUUAUAGAUUUUUAGUAUGGUCAGCAUUGCUGCUUUGGAGGCCUUGUACACAAAUCAUGAAAAAACAUGAAUAGGUUAAGCUCCUCAUAGCACCUGUGUUACGGGGUGACCAAACAAAGUCAGAAGGAGGAGAGCAUGGAAAGAAGGUGAAUAAAAAGAAAAUAUUGAUGAGCAGCAUGUGGGGAAAAAGAGAGCAAGCUUGGUGCAAGGAACCGAAUUUGUAUUGCAUCACCACUGUCUGCAGUGCAUUGAGAAAAGUGUGGCUGCUAAGAGCCCAUUGUAUUUAUUUAUUUAUUUAUUUAUUUCCGAUAUAAUACAGCACGAGCAUAACAUUAUUGUAUGGGAAAUGGACAUAUGUGUGAGCACUUGGCCGGGCUGCAAGUAUUAUAAGGCCAAAAGCUGUAUGUCUUACAGGAUAGGCUUUCAUAAAGCUAACCAAAAUGCACUGGGCAGGCUUGUGUAGCUCACCUUGCAAAAGCGAAAGGGGAGUCGCAUAUAUCCUAAACACGCACCCAAGUAGCCAUCAGUGUAAGAAGAUGGUGCUGAUAGCACAGUGCCAGAGCCAUCCGGUUGUGGCUGUCAUAACCGUAGCCAACUUGUCCUUGCUUGUAUGCGAUUCCCUUGCAGAGAGGGAACAUGCAGGGACAUGCAAAGGCCACAUAAGUCUUUGCAGUGCUGAAAAUACUGGUACUUAUGUGGCUUAAAUAAUGAUGGAGGCUGUUCUAUUAGCAUUUUCUGAACUUUCUGUCCAGUUCACAUCAUGAGCUUGUGCGGUGGAAGAUGAUGGAGCAACCUUCACAGUGCUCUUGCCUAGGCUGCAUACUCUCAAAUCGUAGCUGGGCAGUUAAUGUGAUAGUCAACUCUCAAGCUACGGGAGCUGUAACAUAAACUUCUUGCUAGUAAAAUUCGUUAGAACGACCCACUUUACUUUUUGUGUCCUGAUGUUACGAUGUCGUGGCAAUACUUAUGGAAACAGAAAAGCCCAAAACUAAAUCAUUCUAUAUUCUUAAGAAACAUCCUCAAUGUGUAGCAUUCCAAUUCAGUUUCAGAUAUUCCAUUUUCUUUUGCACAUUACAUUACAGCUUUGAGCUGGGAAGGAUUAAAAAUAUGACAGGCUUGUCACUUCAACCAAUCACACCGGUGAGCUAGCCCCUUGAGGUUAUAGCUCAGCUUUGGAUUCCUGAAAGGACUUGGACCAAGAAAUACUCAUAGCUUAGCUGGCAGCUGUGAGCCUGUGUACAACCUUUGUUAAAAGAAAGCAACCAGGCUGCACUGUGUCGCGCCCAUGGAACUCUUAUUGCUAGAAAAGCUUUUGAAGGUGGGCCUCCCUCUCCAGAAAUUUUUAGCUGUGCAGUCGCCUCGAGAAGCUGACUAGGCAUUCCUUGGUCAGUAGGCUGUCAUGUGUGCUGUGACUUCAUUUCUUUUGGCAAAGUUUUUACAUGUGAUUCAGAUGCUUGUCACUAUCGACGAUCUGCAUGGAGGAGCAGGGUGCAUGUUGCUCUUGUGUAACAUGCUCCUGUUCAUGUUGCUUGUGAGGUACCUUUCGAACACUGUAUUUCCUGAGCCUUCCUUUGGUAUGCAGCUGCAGCAUGCAUUUUCACUCUUGCAUGCUCAAUGUGUACAGUAUUCAGUUCACUGUUUUUAUUGUUGAGCACUCCAUGAUAGAUACACUAUGUAAUUUGGCAUAUUCUAAGUGUCACAUGAAAAUGAAUACCAGCUAUACACGACUUUUCUGGUUAAACUGCUGGCUUAUUCAUGCAGAAAUUUCACAUGAAGGUGGCUCCCUGCAGUGGACACAGUUUACUAUCAGUGAUGGAAGUGCUGCACCAAUUGUGUCAUCCUGUGGCAAACAAUCAAAGUGUGCUAACAUGCUCCAGAACACUUUUAGAAUUAAGUCGCUAAAUUUACCAAAGAUUUGUGCAUUCAGUAGCAACCACACAGGCAUGGCUGUGCAUUGGCUAUUGUUUUGCUCUCAAAGCCAAUCCUGUGCAAUCCUUCGGAGAUUGGUGGGUGUUUGAUGGUACAUUCAAACUUGUCCACUGUAAAGUGAGGAAAAUGAAUUGUUUUUGUGCUGUGCAAUACAUUACGCAGUUUUAUAAGUCUGUGUCAAUCUGAUGCUUUAUUUAUUGGGCAGUCUGUAAGCAAAGCCUUGCUGGCAGCUCAGCUGUACGGUUUCUUCUGCAUGCAGCUCAUCGGUUUAGUUAUUGUAGUACAUUUUAGUGCUAAUGACGGUGAAACUACUACAUAUGAGGUGCUUAUUUUUGUUAAAAUUCUUGACUCAGUAGUUCUCCAGUGGCAACCAUGAUUGUCACUCAAAUUUGGAUUCCACCAACCAAGUUUAUAGCUUGACAACACUGUACGAAACCAGUUUAUUACCACUGCAGAACAAAACUCAGGAGUUGCAAAUUUUAGCUUUAGUCUAUCUAAAUGGAGACAUGACAGCACAUGUGCUUCGUUCUCAGCAUCUAUGUUAACGACAUAGAGUAAAAGAAAAUUGAAUAAGCUAUUGUUAGGCAUUUAGUAUAUCAGUUGCUGUUAUGUACUGGCUUUAUGGGGCUCGUGGUUUUGUUGCUGAAAAGUCAUCGUGAUCAAGCACAUGCAAAUUAUUGGCAUUUGAAAAAUCUCUCAGGGGCUGUGCAGUCCUAGGAUUCUUGUUGUGGAUGCAGAGUGAACAUUGUUGUUCCGAAUCUUAUUAAAAAUAUCGGUGUCCCACUAUUGAUGUGGAAACUGACAAAUAUGCAAUAACUUCACAUUUAGCUUGUCGUGGGUAAUGUGUAGCUGAAUACACUGUUCUGCAAAAUCCAGUAAAGAACAUCUGAGCCUGCCUGUAUUGAAAUCUUGAACUCUACCCAGCUGCUUCAAAAUGCAAUUCUUCAGCUCCAAACCUGCUUCAAAGUGGCAAAAUUGCUGCUCCCUGAGCUGCUCCAAAACAUCUUUGGUCACUUCUACCCCUGUACUAUGUUGGAUGCAUUAGUGGUCAGUUUUGUUAAGGAUAAUCAGGAUUAUACAGUCAUACGCAGAGAUGCUAGGCAAAAAGAAAAUAAAUUUUGCAUAAUAGGGGGGCCAGCUUUCAUUGAAAACCAAAGCGCACCAUGCACUGUGUUUUGCCCUAACAAUGACAGAUGGCACUGCCAUCGUUGCAGUUGUAGUCUUUCCUUCUUAAUUUUUUUAAUUAUAUUUUUUUAAGUUUUGUCUUUUUACCUUGUAGUCUGAGUGUAUUACUCGCCCGUUAUGAAAGGCAUGGCUGCAAGUUCAGUUCAGUGAAAUAAUUUACGUUGUUUGGCAUCACUGCAUAUCACCACAUGUUCUGAUUUAUUCUUAAUGAAGCUGGCAAGCAAUGCUACCAAACAUAAUAUCGAACCACAUGGUCUGCAAACUACCACCUUUGUGCAAAAUUUGAAUGCGAACAAGCUACGAGUUUAAUAACCAGAAAAGUUGUGCACAGCUGGCACAGUUUGUUGUACAAUGUUUGUUGUGUAUCGCAUUGGAGUAAAAACCUGUGGUAAAAUUUGUAUUUCAUUUUCUGUCCUGAGAAGUACAAAAGCAUAGCAAGCAAUGCCGCUGUUGUAGUUAUGGCUCAGAAUUGAUUGUGGUGCAUCUGUCAAACACUUACUGGUGAGGUAUCACUUGGUAUGCAAAAUAUCCUUGAGUGUAGAGGCUUUUGCUUGGUGCCAAACAUCUUGGGAACUUUCAGGCCGUCCUAUACACAUGAGUGCACAAAUACUGCAUAUGUGGCAUCUGAUAUAUUCAAACUGCUGACAUACUGCAUGUGAAUCAAACCAGUAAAGUGUUACAGGUUUGCUUUAGCAAGGAGAAUGUAUUUUAGAGGUAUAUUAAUCAGUGUGCUGUUAAGCUGAGAGUAAUGGGAAUUUAUUAAAUGUUGAGAAUGCUUAAAGCUUUUCUUCAGCUAAUAUGCUGAUGAACAUGUCCAGCAAGGUAGUUUUUGUAUUUGUUUGGAGCAUUGAAGAAGCUUGAUUCAAGUGUCCCACUAUGCUAGAGUGUCAUUCACUCUUGUGUGAGACUUGGGCUGGCUCAUUGAAAGCAAACCAAGUGCAUAUAUAUUUUUAUUGCUGAGCUAUGCAGCCUUGCACUUAAAGCUAGAGCUCCCUGCGUCUAAUAACCAUUCCUGAUUCUCAGGUGCCAUGCUAGUGGUAGACAGUGGCUGUUGGUACGGGUGCUGACUAUUUUUGAUGCAUAAGUAUGGGAGUGACAAUUUCAGAGCUAGUAUUCGAUUUUAUCUUCCUUAUAGGGCAUAACAGAGUUGUAGUGAGUAUAAUAAGACAAGCACUAGGAGUUUGUGUAUCUUUGCGAUUUAAGUGGCCAAGCUUAGUGGCCUCCAGAGAGUGGUGUUCUGUACCUUUGAUUUUAUAGGGCACGGACGCGUUGCAACAAGCACAAUUAAUGCAUAGGUUGCCAAUUAUUGUGGCACAAACUGCAUUUAAUGCUGAGCCUGUCACAGUACUAUCAAAGUGCAGAAAUGAGCUCUGUGGGAGUAAGCAGGGUUAAGCUCAGAUAAAAACUGUGCUGACAGGCAAUUGGGGGCUCUGAAGUCCUGUGGCAGAGACCCAAGGUGCAGGAAUAAGGAUCACAACUGGGGUCUGCAUUUCCUGUGGCUACUCAAAGCAAUGUUGCUUGUCUGCAUAUGUUCAAAGUGCAUGAAACCUGAUAAGGUGCACAUAGGUGGCUUGAGGGGCAACCAAGUAGGAGUUUCUUCCUCUCAUUUACAAGAAUUUGAGAGAACUCAACUCAUUUAUCCAUGUAAACAUGCACAGUAAGAUAUUUCAAGCACAGAGUGUGAUGAAAUGGGCUAAAAAGGCUCAGUUAAUGCAUUGUAUAAGUGGCAUGGUAUCCUCUUUCUAGUCAUUAUAAGAGUGCACAUCUGUUUUUGUCACUGUCUUUUUCUUUUUCUCUCUCUCUCUCUCUCUCUCCAGUUUAUUUUUUCUCAAGAGACUUCUUGUGCGUCCUGAAGGACUCACAAUUUUCCUUUUCUUUCUUUCUGCAUAACGUGUUUGUUUGUAAGAAACUCCAAAGUUAUCUGUUAACUAACUUGGGAGCUAACAUUGUUCUUCAAGGAUUGCACCGGGCAAAAAAGUUGUCUGUGUUGACAACACAGACAGGGUUAGCAGGAAAUUUGUCCACGUUGACAAAAAAAACCAUUGGCACUUCGUCUGCAGGUAACUGUAUUUUACUUAUUUAUGUCCCCUUGUGGUCAAUUCAAGUUCUUGUUGUUGUUUCACUCUUGGCACCAUAUGCCCUCCUGUCUGCUUCCCUGCAAUUCAGUUCGAGCACCCUUUCACUGAAAUUACCUGCAGUUACAGACUGCUGAUGCUCACUGCUCUGUCUGUAGAGAUACCAGCGAUAGUCAUUUUGUGACUCGUAAUGUUUGAGAAGUUUCAGAUUCCUGACUCCACAUUUGCGAAAUGUUUGCUGUCAUUCAAACUUGUCAAACUCAGUUUGGUGAUUGAACUUGCACGCUCUAGAGGCUGCAGUUCUUUUUAUGAAUGGUACCGUCUUUUGUAAUGUUGGAGGUAUCAGUGUUUUCAAGGAUAGCAAUUUUUAUUAAAUUCUAGGUACCUAUGAAGCUUCAGUUACGUGUGUCCAUAUAUAUGUCUUGUUUGUCUAUAACUGUUUGUGAUGUAUAGUCUUAAGGUUUUCUGUAUGGCACGUGUGGUCCUGUAGACAGUUGUGACUCCAAGAUUGGCCACAAUACUCCUACUUUACAAAGGUUUAUCCCUAGAAGUACUCAUGAAUGUUCAAAGUUGUCCUUGUCUGAGCUCUGUUCUACCUUUCAGCUUUUUCUUGUAGCUUAGGUUGCGGCUUAGUUUGUGGUGUGGCUAGGAGUUCAGUGCAGAAAUAACCAUGGACAGUUUUAGGUGAGUGAAUGCACAUGUAAAUGGUCAGAAUUAGCUGUAGACUGCACGGAAAUGUCCGUGCAUCAUUAAGCCAGGACCAUCUGGUGGAGAGUUUUGCUGCAUGUGCAAGAGAGUAUAAGUGCUCAUGCAUAUUGUCCACUGCAUCUUUCAAGGCCUGUCAGUUUUCACAGGGAAAGCUUAAUUUAUUUUUUGAGUCAGCUAUUCGAAGCAUAAAGAAACCUGCAUGCUUGUUCCUUCACAAGUGUGAGUUCAUGUCAGAUUGUCUUCCUGUCAAAGUUUGUGCACUAGUUCCUUAAUACAACGUGCAGUUUGUUCUUGUGCAGUUGUCGUCCCCUCAGGAUAUUCUGUUGAAUAUCACUGCCCAAGAAUUUCAGCCGUGAUGAUUGUUGAUACAGUGUGCAAUGUUGCAUUUGUGAGAGUGCAGUCUAGUCCUUUUGUGUCAGAUAACUCUUGUGAUGCACUCAGCACUUUGAUAUAAAAGCAUGUUUAUAAAGCAAAUAUUUUUUGAAGCGACCAGCAACGUAUCUGCUGCAAACACACAAAAAAGUAUGCCGAGUCACCUUUAUAUUUGUUGUCAAUAUAAAUAAAGCU